UUUCAGACAGACUGUUUUUGCUGCAGUGAACGGCAGCCGUGGAGAGAGAGCGAGAGAGAGACAGAGAUACAAACACAGAGAGUGAGCAAUUGAGAGAGAACCGAGGAAAAGGCAAGAAAAACAAAGAGUCAGGAGAAGGAACAAGGAGAUAAAAAAGUCGAUAAAAGCAGAUUGAGAGAAAGCUCCGGACAAGCGACUACUGCGAAGGAGGGACCUUACUGGGGACCUUAUUGGAGACCAGCGCCAACAAAACCCGACUCCGGAGGCGGAAUAUAACGGUGACUCUCCAGAGCUCCUCUGCCCUCCUGAGGAUUCAGUGAGACAGGCGGACCUGUGCGCCCGACCAUGGCCUUCCCAUCAGCCCCCUCCGCAUUAUGGAGUGUCAGCUUAUUGACGGUACUAUUCGCAGCUGCGGUUCACAGCAACAUUGUCUAUGACGACGACCCCUUGCAGCCAGUGACCUCAGAUGAGACGGUUUCCGUUGGGGGCACGGUGACACUGACCUGCCGGGUGGCCGAGAGCGACAACUCUUCACUGCAAUGGUCCAACACUGCACAGCAGACCCUGUACUUUGGAGAGAAGAGAGCACUGAGAGAUAACCGCAUCCAGCUACACCGCUCGACACCCACCGAGCUUUCCAUCACCAUCGCCGAAGUGCAGCUGGCCGACGAGGGCGAGUACACCUGCUCCAUCUUCACAAUGCCAGUCCGCACCGCCCGAGCCACCGUCACCGUACUAGGUGUGCCCGGUAAACCUCAGAUCUCAGGCUUUGAGAACGCAGUGCCGGAGGGGGGCAGAGUCACCCUGACCUGCACCAGUACUGGCAGCAAACCCCCCGCCAGGCUGCGCUGGUACCGAGGAGACCAGGAGCUGGAAGGACGUCCAGACGUGGUGGAGUCCGUUCCAGACGAUCCCACAUACAACGUGAGCAGCGAGCUCACGCUGGAGGUGAGCCGCAGUGAUGACAAUGCCCUCAUCACCUGCGCCGUCGACCAUCCCUCUCUCGCCCCGGGGGACAAGAGGAGCGAGCAGGCUCUGCGGGUGUUGUAUUCCCCUAAUGUGCAGAUCGUGCCUGAGAGCGAUCUGCCUAGAGAGGGGGAGAAGUUUCAUCUUCGGUGUUUGGGCAACGGCAACCCUGAGCCCGCCUCCUACAUGUGGGAGAAGAAGGAUGGAGAGCUCCCCCCACUGGCCAAAGUCGACGGUGCUUUCUUGCGCUUCGAGAUGCUCAACAAAUCAGAUAAUGGUGUCUACCUUUGCCACGCUGACAACGGCAUUGGAAACAGCCAGGGGGAGUACACACUCCUGGUGCAAGAAGAUGCUGGAGACAACAGUGCAGACCCCACAGCCAUGUCGACCUCUUCGGGGGUGGACCACGCCGUGAUUGGAGGGGUGGUGGCUGUUAUCGUCUUUAUCCUGCUCUGCCUCCUCAUCGUCCUCGGCAGAUACCUCAUCAGACACAAAGGAACAUAUCUGACCCACGAGGCCAAGGGCUCGGACGACGCCCCCGACGCCGACACGGCCAUCAUCAACGCAGAGGGAGGCCACUCCGGAGCAGAGGACAAGAAGGAGUACUUCAUCUAGAUACAGGACGGAGCGGUGGAGGAGAAGGAGGAAAAGAUGGAGGAUGUGGAUUAGGGGAGAGGGGAGGAGUGAAGGGAAAAAAAACCCUCCAUUUGUUUUCACAACGCUUCAGUUCUUCACUCGGUUGGAGGGAUGAGGGGAGGGGAAGGGAGGGAAAGAACUGUGGGGAGGAUAAAGCGAUGAGUUGAGCUUCAACUGGUACUACCCUCUUUGAAUUGAUACAGGAAAGUGAGAUUUUGCACUGACAUGCGGAUGAACUGAAGUUACACACUCCAACACACACACACAAACAUACAUACAUGAGUCAGUUUUGGGGAAAACACUUCUCACACAGACUUGAAUGCUCGUAGAUGCUCAGAUUAACAAACACGAGCCUCCUACUAACAUGUCUGAAUUAUUUCUGAAUGGCACAUUAACACAUUUUUACACUAGCACUGUCCUAUUUCUAACUGUCAGCGCCUCGAAAAAGCAAAAUUGUAACUCACAUUCCUGGCAUCCUGAGCUGAUACUUCACUUCUUACACCACGGCAACCUGUCGCCUCAACAUUUAAGCCAAACCAGCUCUGUCUUUUCACGUUUGUGUCCUCAUUCUCUCCAUCUAACAAGGCAGUAUCCCUCUGUAAACAUUCUGGUGGCAGAGAAAUUCAUCCAAAGCAAAUUAUGACUGACAAACAUAAUCUCCCUCUCUCACAGUUUAAUCUUUUUAUGCCAUCAAACCUCUUCCUGCGUCCUCGCAAACCCUGGUAGGAGCCGUUGAAUUUCACACAACGCAGCACCACACAACAUGCAACACUCAUGCAAAAAUAGCAUUCCCACCUUGCGCUACCAAGCCAAGGGGCUCCAGUAUACAUAUAUAAAUAUAUAUAUAUAUAGAAUUAUAUAGCAUUCUUUUUACUUGACAGAAAAUGUUUGGUGUGCUGUAAAUACACUCUCUCUCUGUCCUCUCUCUACCUUCUCUCUCUCCUUCUUCUAUCCCUCUUCUCUUUCUCUCUUUAUCUCAUACAGUCUGUUACUGCAUUACAGUAACUUAUAUACUCUAUUAAAAAAAAGCCUGCCUGUUUUUAUUACAUGCGUGGAAAUGCAGAGUCGAAACUAUCAAUAUCUGAGGAAAAAAUAUAAAAAAUAACAACGAUGACGUUGCGAUUAAAACUAACAUUAACUGCAAAUAUUUGUAUGAGGAACGUUUCCCUUCUUUUUUUCCCUUUUUCUUUUAUUCCUUUUGGUUUUUUGGGACUUAUGAGAGAUUUUCUCUCCUCGGUGUCUCAGUGUGUUACUGUCAGUGUUAACAGUUUACAGUGUCUGUCGGUUUGUCAGUCCAGGAGUCCAUAAAUCUAAUUUCCGACUUGUGUUUUGAUUUUGAGGUUCAAGGUUUUGAUGCUGUCAAUUUUUUUUAAUGAUUAUUAUUUUUGUGCGCCACAUUCAGUGCCGCCAUUUUCUGCUCCCAAACACUAAACUGUAGCAAAACCUCGGUCGAACACAGCUUCGAAAGGUGUCAAAGUGUUUGUUGGAGUUUUCCUGGAGCAUCACUGCCCGGCACAUAUGGACUGCUGUGGUCCUCCUUCCACCAUGCCCCGCUGAACGCCAUUUUUCUCCUUACAGCAGACUGCUUGUCUUGGCGAGACCACCUGGCACUAAAUUCAAUGAGUAGUGAUAUCAUGACUUCCUCUAAGAAGCUGGCACGGUCGCUGCUUCGGGGAGGUGAAAAUGCUUGCUUGCUUUCCGCUACGGGGCCAGACAGGACUGCCUACAUGCAUUAUGACAAACUUCCUGGCAAAAAAAACAAACAAAAAAAGCCCUUUCUGUUAUUGUUUCUUUUUCUGUGUGUGUGUGUGUGUGUGUUAUUGCGAGCAGGAAUCAUUCGCCAGCUUAGCAAAAGGUUCCCAUAAAUGAACGUUGUUUUAUUAAGGUUGGGAGUUCGCCUUGGCACUGGCGAGCUCCACUUGGCCCGGUCGUGGAAAUUGAUUGCAAUCUAACUAAGAGGCUCUGGGCUCCAGACUGUACGCAUGCCAAGGUUUAGCUCGGUGGGCAGGGUGCCGAGCCGGAGUCUGGGCUGCACUAACACUGAAGAAAGUCAUUUAGGAAUGUCCUCGUCUCCUUUUUUCCCCCCUCCGCUCGUCCAUUUCAUUUCAUUCUUUAAUCAGUCAUCCCGUCUGCGUCCUGAUCCACCUUCACCCGGUCUCUCCUCAUCACCCCCCUCCAUCUCUGAUCGAUGGCCGAUCCUCCUUGCUGAUCUCUCUCUCAUUCAGGCGUCCAUGUAAACGCACAGUAGGAGUAGCGCCUCUGGGUUUGCUGGCGUGCGCUGAUGGCUUUCUGCAGCACUUUCUGGGAGUGUUUUGGAGAGGAAUCCAUUUGCUGAUGUCAGUCUACCUGUAGACAGUUAUGUCUGUUAUAGUUUUUGUACACCCUUUUUUGGGAACGUUCAGGGAUUGUGCUUUUCGUACCUUUCCCCCGCAUUGUCGUUAACUGCUAUCUAGCCAGCUGCUUUGAAAGCAAGUGGCCCAGCUAGUGUCUGUGAGCUAGCUAUGCUACCUGAAGCAGGGCAGCUGUUUUGGGGGGGGGGGUUUCUCGGGUGGCUAAGUUGACGCUGUAGUAAACUUGGCUUAAACAGCGUUUGAACUCUGUUGGGAGACUGUGAACAAACCGAGAUACUGUUUAUCUCGUGUUUGCUCUGCAACACUCUGCGGCUUUUCCCGGUAUUUAUGUCUGCAGACCAGAGGAUGAGCUUCGUCUCACAGAGUUUACUGUCAACUUCAAAGACUAACCUUUGAUUUGUAUUUAACCCCAGUUUAAUUCUGCUCUGUGAAUGGAGAAAGGAAUACCUGCCUCGUACUCGACAAAGUGUAGUGUCUUACAACUAAUGGACCUGUAUUUGCCUGUAAUCUGUCGUCCUGUCCUUCGUCUUGGUUAAUGUGCUAGCAUGUAGCUUGCAUGAGAAACGGUUGGAAAUGUAGAUAGUGUUGGAGGUGAGAAGUGCCGACAAGUUUCUCCCCUGAGACAAGAGCGGCGGCCUGGCCUCCUGGCCUCGCUGCUGCCCUCUGAUCUGCAAACAUAAGCCCAGUUAAACACAGCAGUCCUCGGAAUAACACUGAGAAAACUGAUGAAGUAGGACCCAUUCUGCCCCCCCACCACCACUGCUACAUUAAAACCACGUAGGAGUACAAUGGCGCUGAAUUGGAACAUGCAGUCAGUCUUAAUUCAUAUUUCACUGCAUCAGUGCAGUGAUGACUAGCUGUCACCAGAUGCCAGCAAACAGCAGCUUUUCCUUCCCCUCUCCAGUCAGACCGAGCUGUCCUGCCCGACCACUUGACUCUCACCAACUCCUCUUCAGGCAGUCGCACACUAGCUGCCAGUCAUCUCUUUCCAUUUUGUAGUAUAAACAAAUUGAUUUUUUUUUUAAUUAUGUUUUGUAAAAGGUGUGCAUAAUCUUAAAUGUAUUACUUUCAGUUCAAUUGAUAAUCAUUUUCUUUUUUCUUUUUAUUUUUAAAUUAGAUUUUCCAAAACUUGAAGGUUAGAAAUUUUGUUCUUGCGUAUUUUAUUGUUUCAACAACCAUUUUUAUAUAAUUUCAUGUAUAUAGUGAUGCCUUUACUGGAUACUCUUACAAGAGCACCCAUACACACUUUGCACACACACUUUGGGUACAUACACACACAUAUCUGGAUAUGCACGGCAGGCAUGAUGUCUGUGACUAUGGUGUAUUUGUACAUAUGUGUGUGUGUAUGUGUGUUUGUGUAUGAGCGUGAGGUGUGUAUUAUUUGACCCAAACAGACUCUGGAGACACUCUUACAUGUGUUGCAUUCACAAAAAUGUUAUUAUUUUGAUGACUAAAACAAAGUCUUUGUUUUUAGAGAUAUAAUUUUGGAUGACAAGUCUUCCUUUUGAAUAAAUAUCCAUAUCACAUGAGAAUAGUGCUGUCAUGUAUGUUAAUUUGUACAAUGGCUGAUGAUGUCAUCAAGGCGAGACCCAACCGCAUGCUGUGGUGGGUUUGCGUCUGUUGGCUGUUAUGUUCAUACAGUAUUUGUUUAAUUUGGGGUUGUUGUUUUUUUUUUUGUUGGUUAAAAUACCAGUUCAGUUGUUGACUUCAAUAAACAUGCAUUUGGGUUUAUUUCA